AUGGCUCGUUUUGCAAUAUUUAUGUUUUUGAUUGCUUUGGUUAUUAUGUUAGUUUGUGUUGCACCAUGUUUUGAAGCAAGAAAACAAUUGAACAACAUGGAUAAGAAGAAGGUCACUAACCCGGCUUCUUCGGCCCCAUUGAAACGAGGUCACGUCAUAUUAGUAAAUACGAAAAAACUAUAUGUUGGUGGCCAUGUUGAUCGCAAUUUGGAGUCGGUCCCUAGUCCUGGAAUUGGUAAUUUUGAUCAUAGUAUGCAAUCAGUUCCAAGUCCUGGAACUGGAAAUUUUGAUCACAAUAUGAAAUCAGUCCCCAGUCCUGGAAUUGGAAAUUUUGAUCACAAUAUGCAAUCAGUUCCAAGUCCUGGAAUUGGUAAUUUUGAUCAUAGUAUGGAAUCAGUUCCAAGUCCUGGAACUGGAAAUUUUGAUCACAAUAUGAAAUCAGUCCCCAGUCCUGGAAUUGGAAAUUUUGAUCACAAUAUGCAAUCAGUUCCAAGUCCUGGAAUUGGAAACUUUGAUCACAAUAUGCAAUCAGUCCCCAGUCCUGGAAUAGGUAAUUUUGAUCGCCCUAGUCUUGGAAUCAGCCAUGUUCAUCGCAAUUUGAAAUCAGUAUCGAGUAUUGGAAUUGUGAAGUCUGAAAGUCAUUCAGGCCCUAGUCCUGGAGAAGGCCAUGUUUAUCGCAAUUUGAAGUUAGUCCCAACUCCUGCUAUUGGCAAUGUUCAUCACAAUUUGAAAUCAGUCUCAAGUAUUGAAAUUGUUAAGUCUGAAAGUCAUUCAGGCCCUAGUCCUGGAGAAGGCCAUGUUUAUCGUAACUUGAAGUCAUUGUAA